AUGACUCGCUUAUCGAUUAUUCCUCUCCUGCAGGCUAGCCUCCUUCUUCAUGGGGCAGCUGCCGAAGCAGGCUCGGGAGGCCAAAGCAAAAUCAACUGGAGCGAGUGUGCGGAGUUCAACACCACUGAACCCAUCCAGUGCGCCAACCUGACGGUCCCUCUCGAUUACACCCAGCCCAACUCCAGCAAGACCAUCGAGCUUCAACUUCUACGUAUCCCCGCAGCACGCCAACCAUCCAAGGGAAGCAUCUUGUUCAACUUUGGCGGGCCGAGCAUCGCCGGUAGACCUUCGCUGGUCCAGUCCGCUGGGUCCAUUCGAAACUCCACCAGUCAAUAUCACGACCUCGUUACGUUUGACCCACGCGGAACCGGCAACACAAUCCCAAUCUCAUGUUUCGAGAACGAAGCGGAGAGGAACGCCGUCAUUCUUAAUAACCCAAAGGCCUGGUCUUCCUUGGCUGCUCCAUACUUUUGGGCAAAAUCAACAGAUUCCACGCCCAGCAGACUAUGGGCGGCAACCAAGCUCUACGUCGACAAGUGCUACGAGAAGAACAAGGAGCUCGGGGGAGUGUACGGCACUGCUUUUGUUGCACGGGACAUGAUGCAGAUUGUCGAUGCUCUUGGUGAAGAUGGCCUUUUGAGAUACUGGGGAGGAUCGUACGGAACUCUUCUGGGUCAAACCGCCGCUGCCAUGUUCCCGGAGAGAAUCGACAGGAUGGUUCUCGAUGGAAACCUCAAUGGUCAUGAGUACUACCACGCCCAGGAUGACGAACAAUGGGCCGACUCUGAUAAGGCCUUCAGCGCCAUCUUCAAAUCUUGCGUCGCAAAGCCAUCCGAGUGCCUCCUCGCCCAGAGGAACAUGACCGCAGCCGAGCUGGAAGAGGCAGCUUACGCCCUCAUUGACGACCUCAACGUCAACCCUAUCCCAUUCAACGGCACCCUGAUAGACUACAGCAUCGUAAAGACGGGAAUCAUGGCCUCGCUCUACAGCCCCGGCCGCUCGUAG